UUUCGAAGCGCCUCUGUCUCUUCCCGACAGAGAGUUUCGGCCAGUCGGUUUCGCCCCGCGGACGAAGGCGGAGUGGGGCGUGAGGUGGCCGGAGCCAUGUCGCUGCCGGGCUCGCCGAUGUCCGCGUCGCCGCGGUGGGCCCCGACCCACGUCCAAGUGACCGUGCUGAAGGCGCGGGGGCUGCGAUCCAAGGGCGGCGGCGGAGGGAGCGAUGCUUACUCCGUCAUGGCGCUGGGCAAGGAGAAGUUCGCCACCUCGGUGGCCGAGCGGUGCCUGGGCUCGCCCGUGUGGCGGGAGGAGGCCACCUUCGAGCUCCCUCCGCCGCCGCGCCGCAGCCUGGCUGGGGACGAAGACGGGAGGAGGGCGCAGCCGGCCGUCCUCCAGCUCACCGUCUUCCACCGCGCCCUGCUGGGUCUCGACAAGUUCUUGGGGCGCGCCGAGAUCAGCCUGGCCGAACUGCAGGACGAGGGUGGCCGGCGGACCACACGAUGGUAUAAGCUGCACUCCAAACCAGGGAAAAAAGAGAAAGAGAGGGGUGAGAUAGAGGUGGACAUCCAGUUCAUGAGAAGCAACAUGACAGCCAGCAUGUUUGACCUGUCCAUGAAAGACAAGUCCCGGAAUCCAUUUGGCAAGCUGAAAGAUAAACUGAAGGGGAAACGGGGGAAUGGAUUGCCAGAUACAGCUUCUGCGAUUAUUCCCAGCAUAACUCACUCACCAGCUGGCAGUGAUGAAGAGUCAAAUGAGAAAGAGAAAGAAAAGAAAAAAUCAAAGUUCAAGACACUAUUUUCCAAACCUGGCUUGCAGAAAAGCAACAUCUCCCAGUCCAUGUCUGUGCUACCUACUCUCCAACCAGUUUCAGAGAGAGUCAGGCUUAGACCAAGUGACUUCCAGUCACAGUGGGACGAUGAUGAUGACGAUGACACUUUAACUCCAGUUUCAGAAAAACCUCCUGCCAGUAGAGUUGAAGAUAACUUCCUGUAUCCUCCUCCUGCAAGAUCUCAUAAGAGAACAGGUAGUGCAGAUUCCAAGCAGUUGAGCCAGAUUGCACCAAGCAGCACCAAGAAAGAUGGGCAUUCUUUGUUUGGUGGUCUCAAGUCUAAAAAUGACCCAGUUUCCCGUUCCAAUGUAUGUAUCAAUGGCAGUCAUGUUUACGUGGAAGAGUGUGACCCGAAAGGUGAAACUGUUCCAAAAGAGAACACUCCAUCUUCCCCUUUCCCUUCCCCUCAGACAUCCCGACAAAGGCAUUUCUUUUCUUCUCAAGAGAAUUUGACUUCCAUUUCCAGUAAGGACCCUGAAGUGGCUGGUAGACGGUCUCUUGACAGCGGAGUGCCUGGGUCUUCCUCACUGGAGUCCUUUAAAGCCAUGACUCUGCCGUCAUACAAACUGCUUAGUGCUGGGGACAUGCUAGAAAGUAGCGUUCCAGUGAUUUCAGACGCUUCAAAAGAAUGCAUCACAAAGGAGAUCAAAAAGCAAGAAAACAUGAAGUCUUCCUUGCUAUCCCUUGUAACAGGAAAAAAAGAAGCCGAAAACAGUUCUGAGAUUUCUGUGAAAGUAAAGGAAGUGAAACGUAAUGAAAGAGAAUUGGCAGGAAAAGAGGCAAACCCAUUUGAAGUCCCUGUAGAUUGCAGAAGAGACCAAGGCCCAGAUAAGAGAAAAUCUACAAAUGCCCCUGUUCCGAAGGCAGCCCUUAAUCCUUUUACUGAAAACUUCGAAGAAGAGAAACCAGAAAAAAGUUCAGCUUCUGUGAAACCAUCCCAAGCCAAAGCCAUCAAGCCCAGACUGGGCGUGUCUUCAGAGGAUGAAACCAAAGCCACUUCUACUGUUUGUGUACCUCCCACUCUUUCUCCUCUCUGUCUUUCCCAUCCCUCUAUUAAUGAAAACAACCCUUUUACCUCUAAACUUGAUCCAGAACAGAGAACUGAAGCCUCCAAUAGUUGUGCUAGUUCUACAUUAAAACUUUCUACACAGCAGGGCAAUAACCCUUUCACUCUCAAAUGGGAACAGCAAUCCAAAGAAGAUGAUCCAGAAUGCUUUACAGCUGCUUCUUUCUCCCAGCUAUCUCCAGUUGCUGGCAGUGAAAACAAUCCUUUUGCUUCUAACUGGAGGCAGGAGUCUCAGCCAGAGAAUUCUGAAAGCUUGUCUAAAUCUCCAGUGUAUCUCUCCCAUCCUCCUCCAGAUCCUGUUCAUGGAGAUACUGUUGUAUCAACUCUGGAAAAGAGUUCUGAAUGUAAUAACAGUCCUCCCAUGUCUGUUGCCUUUCCUACCACUGCUUCCGAGCCUAACACUCCAUCAGACAGCUUUGCUAACUCAGAGCUCCUUCCCAUUGUACCUUCAGAGAAGCCUCAGAGUGAAUGUCAGAUAGACCCUGUGGGGAUGGUUCCUGGAUCUCUUUCUGGAAGUCAACCUGUACGUUUUUAUGACCGAAUUGGGCUCAUCUUAAAGACACAACAAGAUGACAAAGAAGUGCAAGUGGUGACACCAUUUAAAGAAAAUAGUGGAAGGAUGAAGAAGUCUGUGACCUUUGCUCAUGAAGAAGUCUGUGACCUGGGAGCUAACGAUAGAAUAAAUAGCAGUGAUGAAAUUUCAGAUGAAGAUUCAGUCGAGAGCUGGCCUCAUGGGAAAAGUGAGAAUACUGUAGAUCCCACUGGAAGGGAAGGGGCAUUAAGAUGUGAACUGAAUAUAGAGGAUUGCUCUUCAUCUGUGCCUGAUGAUGCCAAACUCACUGCAGUUCAUAGCAGUGGGAGCAUCUCAGAAAGAGAGAAUGAAAUCAUCUCAAUUAAAGGAGAGCCACCUGUACCAAUCCCUCAAGACCUCGGACUGUUGGUUAAGGAAAAUGACAUAUCAAGGACAGCACUGAAUAGUAGUUCCUCCUCUAUAUUGCCACCAAAGCCAGCUCCAAGAAGUGUUUUAAAGCUAAAAAAGGAUCUUUUUCCUGUGCCUGAACCAAAGCUGGAAGAUAUGAGUUCUUCAGAGACAGAGUUGCCUGCAGGCACUUCUCUAUUCUCCAAUGAAAAUCCAACAACUGUAAACUUAUUUGCAACUACACUUAAUCCUAAAAGAGAUGAACUUGCUCAGACCAUGAAUAACAGUCACUCUGACACUCCCACAAGCAAGGCGCUGAAUACCUUAGCUGUUGGAGAAUUGCAUCUAAAACCAACUGCCCUUCCGGUUAUUCCUGAAGCGCGAUCCGACGAUGAGCAGCUAAGUGACGUCCAAAGUGACAGUGAAAAGAUGGCAGUUUGUAAAGACCUGUCAAGCACCAGAGAUGGUUCUUCAAAGUUAGGGGCUUCUAUUGAGGAAAGGGAGCAGGCCCCAGACAAAAAAUCUACUGAUGAGAGACAGGCUGUAUCACUGCUUGUGAAAAAGACUUGUUUUGAUGACGAUUUUAAAUUGAACCAGUCGCCAGUCUGUCCUUCAGCAGUAGGACUUGAGAAUGGAGACGAGGACAUAAAGAGGUCAGAACUGAAGGACAUUGACAGUGUGAAGGAAAGUAGAACAGGUGAAUGCCCUGAAUUCUCUGCUAAGUCUGUUUCUCUUUCCUCUCUGUCCCGUCCUUCUCAGCCUUAUUCUGCUCGUUCUUUCCAAUCUGAUGUUCUCAGCUCUGAUAAAGCAGAAUCUCUGAAAAAAUCUGCAGCGGAGGGCUUGGAUGUCAAAGUGGACAGGUCUGACAAGAAGCUGCUGCUUCAGGCACGGGUUUCACCCUCUGAAACACAUUCCAGUCAAACUCAGCAGAGUGGUGCAACUGUGCCUGCUAAGCUCAGACUUCAUCCUGUGAAGCCAAUGAAUACUACAACAAAUAAAACACCUGCAAAAACCUUGAACACAAGGAUCCUGGAUAACCAAAAUGAAACCAAUCUAAAGAAAUAUGACCCUUCUGAUCCUGCUUAUGCUUACGCUCAGCUAACACAUGAUGAGCUGAUCCAGCUGGUCUUAAAACAGAAAGAUAUGAUCGCAAAGCGAGAUAGCCAUGUGCAGGAACUGGAAGACUACAUUGAUAAUCUACUGGUCCGAGUCAUGGAAGAAACCCCAAAUAUUCUCCGGGUACAACUUCAGAUGAACAAAAAAGCCGGAAGGAUGUAGAGUGGCAGUGAUGCCUGACUAAAGACUUCUCUUUUACUAAAAUUUCAGAAGCGGAGAGUGUGAAAAUGUUGACCUUGAAAAUUAAUUGCUUCUUGUACCAAAGCAAACGAUGUUUUCCCUUUUUUGACUUGCCUUAUUUUUGGAGACUCCCUAAUAAUUCUAUAAUUCCAAAUGAAAUACUGGGGGGGGGGUGCAACCCCCCCAUGCUGUGUAUUCACUAUACCUGUUUUGCUGCUGCGUUAAGGUUAACUGCCUGAGAUCAUGACUUGUGGAAGGAGUUAUGAGCCAGUUUGUAUCUGUGAAUAAUUCUGUAACUGGAAUAUUUUAACGUGUUUGAUUUAAAAAUGGAUGCUUUUGCAAUAGUUUACAGAAGCAAACACUCUUUGACCUUUUAGCUGAUUUUUAGUGCAAUAUAGCGUUUAUAUGCUAAUUAUAUUCAAGAGAUUGAAAGGAAUGUGAGUAAAAAGCAUUGUUGCAUUAUCACAAAGUGCCUUAUUUUGCUUGAGUUGCUUGAAAAUGGACUCUUCCAUCAAAACCUGGAUGUGCUUUUACUUAAAACGGUUGAACGCAAAGCAUUUGGAAUAUCUGUCAACCCUCUUAAAUGGAGAAAGAAAUAUUAAAAGCACAGCUGGGCUCUUCAGUUUUCAUUUGCUUUGGGUGGGGUUGGCUUGUGUUGUACAGUCUUGCAGUGGACUCUGCAAAGUUGUUUAUUUGCCCUCCAAAGUGAAAUGCAGCGGUGCUGCUGUUUUCAAGCAGAUCUUACUUGCCCUAAUGUUACUGUUUAUAAAAUUACACACAAUUAAUAACGGAUGAGACUCCCAAAUACUUAAGCGUUCCUUGCAUACUUGAUACGAAGAUUCUUUCCGUUUGUCUAAAUUAGAUUCCUUUCAUAGCAGCAAUAAAAUACAGCUGUCUGUAUAUCGCUUCAAGAAUGCUGAUAGCCUGCAUUCUUGUGCAACGUGAACGGCCGCAAGGGAAAGGCGGGGCAGAAGUGUUUCAACAAAUAUCUUUCCUUUGUUUACAGCAUUUAUUUUGGAUUGUGCCCUGAAUAGAUUACAGUUAAUGGAAACAUUCCAGUAAAGCUUUUUAUUUUAAACUUUAUAAGAGAAAAAUUGAUGGUUUGCCUUUUACAUUUCUGUUUGCUUGCGGGCUGGGCAGUUGCUCACUGUACGGACUGAACAACUUGCAAAGGAUCAGUUCAGUAGAUCUCAUAGCAGAGUAUUCAACAUUAUUACACUUUGAGGUACAGUAAUGAGGAAAAUUGAAGUGUGAUUGUUUAGUCCAGACUGCAAAUGGUGUGAUAUGACUGACAGAUUUCUAGCUGUUGUACUUAUAGAUCAGUUGGUUGCAGUUGAAGCUAAAUCAGAUCUACUUUCAGAAAACUGAUGAAAAUCUUAACUUGCCUACAUCCUGGCACUAGUGUUGUUUGUCAAGUCUUUUGAUCCAUUUUGACCCACCCUCUCUCUGUAUGGAUAACUACUGUAUCAUUUUUUCCUGUAUAUUACUGCACUUGGGGCUGAAGUUAGUACUAAAUAACUUUUGAGAUCUCGCAUUUCCAUGUACUUUGAAAACUUGGUUAUAAACUGGUCAGCUAAAAUCAAAGCUGAUUUUUACUGAAUGGUAAUACUUUCGUGAUAAUCAGUCAGAUGAUGCUGUUUGUGUAAACGAUAGCCUAUCUAUGCACCUUAAGGGUUGGCACAAAACAUAGUAUGAAGAUAUGAUUCCAAGCGUGUGGAUUUCUGUUCUGUUCUUCCUGUAAAUGAUGAUUGACGCCUGUGGAGUAGACUGACUUAUCUUUUUGGUAAUUUUCACUGUGGAAUUCACUGGCUGAAGCAUUCGUUUUGCCUCCUCUUCAUUGCAGAGAGUGUUUGCGAGGUGAUUAUGAACACUGAUAGGAGAGGAGCUGUUGUGUCUGAUAAUGAUCUUCCUGCAUUCCUGUGGCUCCAUGAAAAUGGGAAAAAUUUUAAUGCCCAGACACACCAACCAUGUUACACAGCUUCAGGUGUCUGGGCCUCUAUGUGAGGUCUCCCUAGUUUGUUUAAAUAGAUCAAAUUACUUUUUCCUUCUAGCUUUUUAUUUAAAGUGAUUCACUGUUUCCUUCAUAGUGCCAGCUUGAGCUGUGACACCCUCCUGCAUAUCUGCUGCUUUUGGCAAGAGGUGUUUAAUGAAGAGGUUUGUACUGGAAAAGGUAAUGCCUGGUAUGGUCGUGUUCCUGCAGCACUGCCCAUUUCCUUAAUGAAACACAUGCCAAGCAAGUCUCUUUCAGCAAGCGGAAGGCUGCAUCUAAAACACAACUGGGGCUGUUGAAUGUACCUGCUAUUUUAAUAAUGUUUGUCCCAGAGCAAUUGCCUGUUGAUUGUGGGAAUCGCAUGCAGGAAAAGCGAUACCACUUGUAGUAAGCAGUAGACUUCUCCUUCAUGUAAAGAUUUGAUCCGUUGUAUAGUUCUUGUGAGUUCUGAACAACAGGUAAUGAAAACAAUUCCUUGCAGUCUACCUUCUAAUGAGUGCUUAUGACUUAGAAUUCUGAAUACAAUCGACAUAAAUGUGCUCUGCAUUGUUAAAAGUAUGUUCUGACUUAAUGAGCCAUAUAACCACAGCUUCUUUUUCCUGGUCAUUUGCUCAUUGCUUAUAUUGAAGGAUCUGAAUGUAUGUUAUUUAUUUUCUGCCUUGUUACUCCUGGUACUUCUAGUUCUUUGGUUUUUAAACGAAGACCUUCAGCCUCAUGGACUGUUAAAAUAAAGUUAUUUUAAAUUUG